GCUCCAUCUCAUCAGCCGAAUACAUAUCCAAGAUGGCUCAACCGCCACCUCUCAAUCUCGUGGUCCUUAUCUCAGGAACAGGAAGCAAUCUGCAAGCACUAAUCGAUGGCGUUCCUUCGUUCCAAAACCCGGCCGCUCGGAUCAGUCUGGUGGUCUCGAACUCGAAGCAUGCCUACGGAAUCCGGCGCGCAGAAGCAGCGACCCCUCCGAUCCCGACGCAGGUUUACAGUCUAGCCUCGUUCCGGAAGCUGAACCCUCAACUACAGGAGGAGGCUGAACUGCGUGCGCAAUACGAUCGUCAGUUGGCUGCUAUCAUCAAGACCGGGAGGCCCCAUCUCGUCGUCCUCGCUGGAUUCAUGCACAUCCUCAGCGAGCCCUUCCUCAAGGAAAUGCAUUCGGAUUGGGACGCUGGUCGGGUGGCCCCGAUUCCGGUCAUUAACUUACACCCCGCCCUGCCUGGACAAUUCGAUGGUGCAAAUGCAAUCUUGAGAGCUUGGGAGGCAGGCCCAGCAGGAAGACAAGAAAUCACAGAAACUGGGGUGAUGAUUCACGAGGUUAUCGCUGAAGUCGAUAGGGGUGCGCCGAUCCUAACGCGGACGGUUGAGUUGAAGAAGGAUGAAUCUCUUGAAGCCCUUUCGCAACGGAUGCAUGAGGUGGAACACGAAUUGAUCGUUGCUGGGACACAUGCAAUGCUUCGGCGUAUUGCAUCACAGCCGUCAAACCAACCUAGCACAUCACCAGAAGCGCGUUCUUCCAUCGCCAGUCAUCGUCAAUAGUCCUCUUUGUGCUUUUGAGAAGAAAAGUCUCUCAGUAGGGGCUCGAUGAAGUCACGUUCUGCCCCUCCCCCUUGGAUAAACUCCCAGAUCCCACCUCCAUUCAGCCGUACAACAGUCCUUAUCAAUCAACCAUAACCAUCAAGCACUUCAGCAAAAAACAUGUAAUUGUAGCCUAGAUAACUCACAAAAAGCAUUUAAAUCUGUUGCAGUUGGAAUGAAGAUAAAAACGCUAUCCUGGAAACAUGAAGCUGAGAUACCAUAUCCGCAUCACCUCAUGAUGAAAAGUGGCACAUAUGAUAUUUGGCUUGGUAGAGUCUCCUUCAAUGAGAAGUAUCUAACAGUGAUUUGAUGUUGGCUCAUCUGUCUCUCAUCAUAUCACAAUCUGGGAAUGCUUGGGUCAUGUUGUAGGGACCUCCUUUAGACAUGGUUUGAGCUCAGCUAAAAAAAAUGGAGCAGAUGGGACAACUACAAAUGUAUCCAAAUUCUUGGAUCUGGUCAGAAAUACAGCCCAAUACAAAAAAAUACUAUACUGCAUCUUUUC